AUGAAGUCUUCAGGAGCUCACGGUAAUGUUAUGGGCGAUGCCGGUGUAUUAAAGAAUGAGGAUGAAAGUAAAUAUUUGGAUCAGGUUAGAUACAUUUUAAAGAAUGGCGAAAGAAUUGAUGACCGAACAGGUGUGGGGACGAUUUCAGUGUUUGGAAUGCAUUCCGUUUAUUCGCUUCGAAAUGGUGUUGUUCCGGUAUUGACAACCAAACGAGUCUACUGGAAAGGCGUUGUUGAAGAACUGCUAUGGUUCAUUCGAGGCGAUACAAAUGCAAAGCAUUUAUCUGAGAAAGGUGUCAGGAUUUGGGAUGCCAAUGGAUCUCGGCAGUUUCUUGAUCAGUGUGGUUUCAGUGAUCGAUCUGAAGGAGAUCUGGGACCUAUUUAUGGCUUUCAGUGGCGACACUGUGGUGCUGAGUAUCGAGGCAUGGAUACUGACUAUACCAACCAAGGUAUAGACCAAUUAUCUGAAAUCAUUGAUUUGAUAAAAAAUGAACCGCAUAGUCGUCGUAUAAUACUCAGUGCAUGGAAUGUUAAAGAUUUAAAACUAAUGGCUUUGCCACCUUGUCAUACGCUCGCUCAAUUCGCGGUGCGUAAUGGUGAACUUUCGUGUCAGUUAUAUCAACGUUCCGGCGACAUGGGUUUGGGAGUACCUUUUAAUUUAGCCAGCUAUGGACUUCUGACGCAUAUGAUAGCGCAUGUUUGUGGUCUUAAGACUGGUCACUUAUGUCAUGUUUUGGGAGAUGCUCAUGUGUAUAUGAAUCAUGUCGACGCACUGCAGGAACAGCUCAAACGUCAACCACGACAGUUUCCUACUGUUCGCUUCAUUGGAAACAUUAAAACAAUAGAUGACUUCACUUACGAGUCAAUUGUUCUUGAAAAUUACCAACCGAUGCCAGCAAUCAAAAUGGCAAUGGCUGUAUGA